AUGGGCAACAAAAUUGAUUGUUGUUACAACACGCGUUGGUCCUACCAAUGUAUCUUCCCUUGCAUUCGUUUUUGCACAUACACCGGGCGCCGAGUUUGGUACAACUACGACGGAUCGGAGAUGGUCCAGCCCCUCGUGCAUCUCUACCACCCCAAAGCCACUAGCGUGAGCAGUUUGCCGGAAGCUUUUCACGGAAUUGAUGACGACGAAGAUAUUAUGGAUCAAAUGGAGCAGUCCGGUGGUUUGUAGCCAUAAACAAAAUUUAUAAUAAUUACGUCUAAACGAAAAAUGACUGACUGGAGGAACGGGCAAGUUGGCGAAUAAAUGAAACAAGGAAAGCUCUCUAAUUAUAGACCCGCAACUCAGACAAACAAACUGAAAUUGACAUUAGCGAAUUCCUCACUUUUGCCAUUAAAAUGCGAAAAAUGUCAAAACUCAGACAAAAACUGCAAAUUAGUCACUCUGACGUCAUUCGCGCGCUACGCUAUUUGAACCGUAGCCUCGAUUUCGUGUGACAAGCACUGGUUGACUGGCUGCGAAGCAAAGGUCCCGGUAAGCUUUGCGUUUUACUUGAUGGUAUUUUUUAAAAAAAAAUGUGUUUCUUUUGUACAAUGAUGAUUAAGUUGUAUUUACAACAAAUACAAUACGGAUGAUUCGUUUUUACAAUUAAUAGAGGUAAACUUACUUUGAGUGUCUGCGUGUAAUGUUUACCUGUUAAAUUCAGCCACUCUGAACAAGAGUUUUGUUUAUAUUAAAAAUGUCCACAAUGCUUUUCUUAGCUUUCUUUCUACAUGAUGCCAAUCAUUUGCUGUAUUUAUGACAUAUUUGUUCGACAACUCUAGGUUUUUCCAUCUAUGUGGGGGUGAAACUUGAGCUACUUUCUAAAAACAAUGGCGCGGCUCUCCCGUAGUGUUCAUUGAAACCGGUCCGCAGACUUGGCUUCAAGAGCAUUAGGAAGCUACUACAUAGUUAAAAAAAUAAUACGGAUUCUUUUUAUUUUCCCUGGGGAUGGGGGUAUUUGUUCAGCUAGAAUUGACGUACGAUUUGGCAUUUGGACGGCUUUGUGGCCCGCGGAGGGGGAAUUUGAACAACUAUCUUCAAAAACUUCAAAUGCCCUGGGUUAUCCAUGGGUGAUGUUAAAGCUUCGAUUUGACCGAUACAUUAUUUAAUAUAAUUUAUUUGAGGUGGCAUAAAGCAGUGUUGCGUCCUCGUACCGACCUUAUUUGAGAUUUUUCGUCGCUGUCCUGCUGAAACAAGCCUUUGGACAUGCAACAGAGGGCAUCUACCUCCGGGCCACGUUAGACGGAAAGCUUUUCAACAUCUCCACACUAAACGCAAAUUUCAAAGUCCAAAUGAAAUAUCUGCGUAAUCUCCUCUUUGCCGACGAUGCAGCCGUCACCGCCCACUCAGCCGAGACCUUCAGCGGCUCAUGAACCGUGCGCGUUUCAGCAAGGCCCGCCAGGAGCCCAUGGGCCCGCUAAGACUUUGGACUAACCAUAUAGUCUAAAAAAGACAAAACACAGGUCAUGGCUCAGGACUUGGAUUCACCUCACAGCAUUACAAUCUUGAAGCACGAAGUGGAGGUUGUCCAUGACUUCGAGUACCUUGGCUCGAUCCUCUAAGACACUUCUUCUCUGGACUCCGAGCCAAACAGCAAAGCAAAGCAGCCACUGCCAUUUCCAGCCUGACCAAGAGAGUAUGGUCUAACAAGAAGCUGACGAAAGAUAACAAGAUCCAGAUCUACAGAGCCUGUGUUUUGAGCAUACUGUUGUACGGCACUGAGUCCUGGACUCUUCUCGUACGACAGGAGAGGAAGCUUAACACUUUCCACGUGCGCUGUCUCUGCCGCAUGCUCAACAUCACCUGGCAGGACAAAGUUCCAAACAACAUAGUCCUGGUGCAAGCUGCAAGAUUGGGCGACGGCCGGAUCCCUGAAAGAUCUCUUUUACUGAGAAUAAGCUCUGGGAAAGCGCCCCACUGGCAGGCCUCAAUGAUUACGCUGUAAAGAUGUCUGCAAGAGGGACCUGAAGGCCUUAAGCAUUGACAUCAACAAAUGGGAAACCGUGGAUUCGGAACGUUUUGCUUGGAGGCAGGCACAUUAUAUUAUGGAUCAAAUGGAGCAGUCCGGUGGUUUGUAGCCAUAAACAAAAUUUAUAAUAAUUACGUCUAAACGAAAAAUGACUGACUGGAGGAACGGGCAAGUUGGCGAAUAAAUGAAACAAGGAAAGCUCUUCAGCGUAGAUUAUAAGGGAGUGGUCAAGUGGAAGCCAUCAAAGCCCUGAAUUACGCCGAGUAUCAUUUUCUCUCCUUCUAUCGCACCAGCAAGCGAGGGUCACUAUUAAGUUUAUUAGGAUUGUCACUAUUUUCGUCACUCUUUAAAUAAAGGUUGAUCAAUUGACCAGCCAAGGGCGAUGUCGAGGUGUGCUGAGCCCUUUCACACAGCGCUUUAAAUUAAGAUUAAAACCCCAUUUCCAAACCAACUCAGAAUUUUCACUCACUCCCUUGCCAACGUCAGGACAAUUUCAAACAGCAGUCGAACCACAGCGACAAGAUAAAACUGCAAAUGGUUAAGUUUUGUUGAUAUUUUGUUUACUCAGGCCUUGACGCCCCCGGUCAGAUUGCCGCUGUAUGCAAGUAUGCGUCGGACCAUGGCUACACCAUUCGUGCUGUUGGCACAGGCUCGUCAUGGUCUCGUCUGACGCACACUAAAGACAUACUUGUAGUCAUGACAGAUUUGAACAGGAUACUGACAAAACCGGGGUCGUACAACGAUAAUGAGGAAUGCGUUGACAUCGAAGUCGAGGCGGGAAAGCUCGUUGUUGAUUUUGUUGAGGAACUAGACAAGAAACAUGACCGGGCGCUUAAUAUGAUGGGGAAUUACGCUGGCCAAACAGUGGGAGGAGUGGCGAACACUUCUACUCACGGAUCAGGGAUAUUCAGUGGAACCUUGGUAAGGAUAUUCAGCUUGUAGAUAGACAACGGAUAGUCGGGAAUAGGAGCUAUCAGCAUUAGUGCCUUUGGCUACACCCUCGCGCCAAGGGUUUUCCUCUCGGGAGAGAAAAGCUUCGACGGAUUGUACAAACGGGAGCGCUGAACUUGUAAUCCGCAGGCCUUGAUGAGUUUAAGUCCCGCCCUAAUCACUAGCUGGAUUAGUUCUCGGUAGUCCCCAGUUCAAAUCUUCGAUCAAGCUCGUAAAUAGCCAACUGGUUUGGCUCCGGCUAGUCAGGAUUUUUAACCCCGUUAAGUUUCAUUUGAAUUAUUUGUUUCAAGCAUUUACUCGGCCCUACAAGCAUUAGUGUUAUAAGUACUGUCGAGGGCAAACAAAGGAGAUUAUUAUCAUUAUAAUUAUUACAAACUCUGCUGAGAAUAUGUCUAUGGCUUCCGAGAUACAAGACACAAGUGUUUCAACGGUGACAGCGUUGUAGUCGAGUUUCUUCCCCACCCUUGUUCCCAAGGUCUCUUUCCCUGGAGAGAGAGUGGACGGGAAGAAGAGAGGCCCUAAAAAUAAGGUUUUCACGGCCCGUGUCCAGUCCUCCCUCCCCCAUCUUGCAAAGGCUAGCUCAUGCCACAUUUUGCCAGUAAUUUCCAGCUAUACAGAUAACAACAAUCAACCUUAUAUGUCUCGUUUCUAGUCCACUUUAGUAGUGGGCCUUCAUUUAAUCAUAUCUGGCGGAAUCCAAGUGAAGGUGCGUGGCGGAAACGAAACCAUACAAGCCAGCAAAGAAAAGGUUGACAACGCCAAAUAUGGGGAUGACCCCAUCGAGAUAAACAGUGAUGACGUCCUGAAGGCCUGUGCAGUGGGACUUGGUUCUAUGGGAAUAGUUUACUCCAUAACAUACCGUUGUGUUCCCGUGUACAAUCUGGAGGAAAUCAGAACCUUGUAUCAACAAACCUGGACUUCAAUAGAAGAUUUCGAGGUCCCUCAAAUCUUUGCUGAAAUGUAUAGAAACCAAGAGGAAGGAGAAUACUUCUCGUUUUUUGUAAAUCCAUACCCAAUAGGACAAGGGUAAGUCACUGCUGUUAUUCAUCCGGGAUUUACUCCUGGAAAAUUUAGGUUGGUUGUGUGGCAUGUUUCCUGGCAUGCUUAUCCAGUUUCAAACCAAAAUAUACGACUGCUGUCCCUACCCUAUUCAAGGCCCAAACCGCCAUUGCAAAAAGAAAAAUGAUUAAAAAAACAUAUCCGUUCGUAGAAACUUUUUACACAGAACACAACGGCUUACCCUUUUUCAAAAAUCUGUACCCAAUUUUAGACCAAAGAGGUCAAAAGCUGAAUCCUAUAGUGUGGCAAUGAUAUAUAUCUAGCGUGUAUAAGGGAGAACCCCUGGGGAGUAGCCUCAGGAGCGAAUUUAUUAUCCUUUUGUCUUUUUUUCCCCUAGGAUAAACAAGCAGAUCCACAUGGCCUACUUGAAAGCCAAGAGAACAGAGAGUUCGCCCACGUGUUCUGCUUGCUGCUCAUGCUGUUGCAAUUGUUGUGGAGGUAGAGGAAUAGCUGAUAUAGGCUGCAUGCAGACAGACUGCACGGCUUCUUGUCUCCAGGGGUGCGCCAAUUGUUGCCCGACCUGCAUUCCACGACUCACCAAUUUUGGACUGUCCCAGUUCUCGCUCAAAAAGCCGUAUGUGCAAAAGUGGUACAACGUGUUACAGUUCACGAAAGGCAAUAUUCAGUAAGUUACCCGCGUGGAUACUCUAUGGUCACGAGUCCAAACUUAUUAUAUCCCAUAAAAUGUUAUUUUUUAGAUGUGAUUGUAUUAACAAUGUCUCGCGUCGCAAUUAAGGCUGGAUAUCUUGAAAUUAGCAUUUUCCUCUGUGUUUUUAAUUUGCGUGAUAUGCUCGCCAGUCAAUUUUCCUCCUCAAAUAAACCGGACAACGAGAGCUGAGUAUUGAGAUCAGUAAAUAAAAACACUUUUUAAAUGCUAACACUUUUGUUUUAAAUGUCUGACUAAAUAGCAAAUAUUUGAAUUAGUACCCACUACAGCCAGCUAGAGCCUCCGUUUGACUCAAAAUUUUGCACGGAUAAUAUCUGCAAAUAAGAUGUAGUACAGUUGACUCCCGAUAACUCGAACCCUCGCUAACUCGAACCUCGCGCUAACUCGAACCAAAAUCGAUUUCCCCUGGAUUUCCGUCAUACUUUUACUGUAAAUCGAACCCUCGAUAACUCGAAACACCUGCUAACUCGAAGUAAUUUUUGUUUCCCCUCAGAUCAUUUCUAUAUAAUUUUACCUUCGAUAACUCGAACCAUGUUUUGAGCCCUUAAAAAGUCGGGAAAAAUGUGUGUACUGCCUCCGAAACAUUGAAUUUUGAAUUUCCCAUUGACGUGUUGUAGGCAUCUAGUCUACUAGUGGAUCGAUAGUGGAGGCUGAUGUUGUUUGCCACAAAUCUAACGUGAAAUAGCUUUACUUCUCAAAAAAUAAAAUGCAUGCUCUAUUUAAGCAUCGUUUUGUUACUUUACGUUCUGAUUUAUAAUCUAACAGUAUCUUUCAAUUUUCACUCAACAUUUUUACAAUUAAAUGAGAUUAGAAUACUCACUGUGCAGUAAAAACUGUUUUUUUCCUUACUCCCGGCUAUUUUCUUCGAGCUCCCGAUAACUCGAACUUUUUCCGAUUUCCCUUGAAGGUUCGAGUUAUCGGGAGUCGACUGUACAUUGCCCAGCCAAUAAUACGUUAUCUAAUUAACUUGUGGGGUUUUGUAAUAACGCAAAAACGCCGAUAACGUUAUAGCCUUUUAGUUUUACAAAUGCGAAAGCAAGAAGACAUAAAAAAGGACAAAUUAAAUUAGUUAUACGUAACUAGUAGUACAGCUUGUAUGUUAAACGAGAGAUCUAUGUGUUAGAAGACUGCGGAGUAUUGUAUAUAAAAAUUGUCCUCAGAAGCCUUUUUUAAUUUCUCACGUACGGUUGUUCAUCGUUAUUUCUCGUUCUUACUUUUGCUGUUGUUGUUAUUUCUAAUUUACUUGAUUUUGAGCGGUAUAAAAUAUUCUAUCUGAGUUCUCAGGCUUGCUUAUUUGAUGCCUCUAUAAAUCUACUUAUAGAUUUCAGCGUUUCUCAUACUUUGAGAAAGCUUAAUCCUUAAAGAUGCAGGAUUCUAACUCUAAUUCUAAUCGUAUAAUCUGCAAAGGGUAUAUCCCAUCACAGCAGAUAUUCAAGUAGUUUUAAAAAUCUUGUUCCUUCUUUUGUUUCAGCGUGGCCACCGCGGAAUGGUGUUUGCCUUUGAAGGACCUGAACAGUGCCUUGGGUACGGUCAUACAGGUGGCUCAAGAUUACGCACACAGGCACAAUCAGUACUCUUUGCUACCUAUAUAUGUGAGACUAGUGAAGACGGAUGAUCUGUUUUUGAGCCCCGCGAGCAAGUUUAGACCUGACGGAAGCCGUACCAGUGAAAUUAACUGCUAUAUUGAGGUGAGAGCACGGGAAGGCCGUACACUUCACAUGUGUAACCGCAGAGAAACCGUACUGGAUGAUUAAUAGUAGAGCGAUGCACUGCUUCAGAAGUGAUAUUUUGAGCGAUUUUAAGCGAUCCAGCGUUUGUCAUGACUGCACAUAUAUAGCACAGUCCAGUCUUUCAUGACGGACAUCUCUAUAAGACGUACACCUCUCUAAAACGGACACCAGGGGUUGGUCCCUGCCGUUUUUCAUACUUUUCUCAGUCUCUCUAUACGACGGACAUGUACCUCCCUAAAAUGGACACCUGGAGUUGGUCCGUUCCGUCCUUUACUCCUUCCAUGCAGUUAACUCUCUGAGGGAAGACGGACACUUCGUUCAAACAAACACUUAGUGUCGUUUAUAAUUGUGUCAGGAUCCAAUUAUCUCCUGUCUUGUCCAUUGUUGAGAGAUUUUACUGUAUUCGAUCUAUAUUCUGAUCGGCUGACGGUAGAGUUUGACAAAACGAAAAGGGUGGAAUUCCCGUCGGGGUCGUGUAUUUGGAACGUUACGAUCGGGCGACGCGAUGGCAGCGAAAACUUACGCGAUGGACGCCUUUUGAGUUCUUCGUAAAUAUUUUCUCCGCAUGGCUAGCCACUUAACGCAACUGGCAUUUGCUAUCUUUAAGUGGCUGCGCUCUCUUUUUUGCUAAUUUUCAACCCGUAAUUUUCGUCUCUGUGUAUAUACCGAGAGCACUUAUAAAGAUUGAUUAAUUCAUUGAAUCGAAGUAGCUUUGAAAGUGGAUCCUGGACGUAUCUCCUCGUCAAUUUGAAUAACAGUUAACUAUUACAGGUAAUUAGAUUAAAAGUUGUUACCCUAUAAAGUUCAGACAUUUUUCAAGACCCUCCACCUCCUCAAAGGGCGUUGAAAAGAAAGAAGCCUCUGGUGGUUUAAUAAAACUUUUACUGUGCACUCGCUUUAGGUACCAUUCCUCCCCGGAGCUUUCGGAACUGAAGAGUUUCAAGAGGUGGUGGAAAACAAACUCUUUAGAGAAUUCAAGGCAAGACCACACUGGGGAAAGAAUAACCGGCUUAACGAAAUGAAGAUACGCGCUCUCUACGACAAGGAGAAGUUGCUCAAGUGGAUAAAAGUGUACAAGAUGUUCAACAAGGGAGAGUGUUUUGACAAUCAGUUUACCAACAAAAUGGGUUUUAAUUUGUUUCCUCAUAUCGACGAACAGCCAACUGCCUAG